AUUCAUUUUUAAUUAACUUGAGUUCCGUUCCGUCUCUCAUCUAAGGUUUGUCAUAAUCGCCGAUCGAUCUCCAAAAGAAAACCCUAAAGAUGCUCUGCAGUCUUGAGAGAUGAGUGCCGAGUUAUAGGCUUAUUGUUAAUCGCUUUGAUUAAGUUGAUGAGUUUGGGGUUUGUGAGCUGCAUUUUUCAUUCUGUACGUAAAUUUGUAAUCGUUUAGUUUUGAUCUAUAAUCGAAGCUGUGGUUUGUUUUACUAUAAUGUUUUCAAGGCUUGGUCGUUCAAUCUCUCGAUUGUCUCGCUCAAGGGUUUUAACGGAUUCUUCAGCAUAUCAAUCUCGAGAUGAUAAACUUGGGGUUUCGGUUUUGAGGCGUUAUUUAGGUUCCCUAGCAGCUAACAAUCAAAGAAAUGGUUCUGGGUUAGGGUUAUCAUCGAAGCUGUAUACAUCGGAUAUGAACUACAUUCUUCCAAACCCAAGAAUUCGAAGGUUUUCCUCCAAUCCGAAUAAGAAGGAAUCAAGCAAAUCACAGAAAAGAGGUUCCUUUCAAUUCAUUAUCUGCGUCCCAUUACUAUUAGGAUUUGGCUCGAUGCUCUGUUCAUGGCUCUUGUAUAAGCUAUUAUGUAAAGAGGUUGACAAGCUCUUGGUUAUAUGUCAAGUUCUUGGGGAAGAAAAGGAUAGAGGAGAAAGGAAUAUGGACUUCGAGGCUGAAGAACAAAAGGAAGGAUACUAAUUGUACUUGGGGGCAGUUUGGGUAUUUCAAUAUUAAUGAUAUAUAAAUAGACUUAGUUUUGUUUGUAAUUUGGAAAUCAAACAUUAUUAAGCAUUUUGUAGGAAUGCGUUUGAUU